AUGGUUUCUGCUUCAGGAUUUUAUCGCCAUGCAUUCUUGUUUUAUUUUUCUUUUCUUAUCUUUAAUGUUUUUGUAUCUGCUUCCAUUGUUUCUCAUGAUGGAAGAGCAAUAACCAUUGAUGGAAAACGUAGAGUUCUGAUAUCAGGCUCUAUUCAUUAUCCUCGAAGCACUGCUGAGAUGUGGCCAGACCUCAUUAAAAAAUCAAAAGAAGGAGGAUUAGAUGCCAUUGAAACAUAUGUUUUCUGGAAUGCUCAUGAGCCAACUCGUCGCCAAUAUGAUUUCAAUGGCAAUCUUGAUCUCGUAAGAUUCAUCAAGACUAUUCAAGCUGAAGGAUUAUAUGCUGUUCUUCGAAUUGGACCUUACGUUUGUGCUGAAUGGAAUUAUGGGUAAUUAAUAUAUUUUUUUAAUAGUAUUGUAUUUUAUUGCAGAUUUCCUGUGUGGCUUCAUAACAUGCCUGGUAUUGAACUGCGUACUGCCAACGAUGUGUUCAUGAAUGAGAUGCAAAACUUCACAACGUUGAUUGUAGAUAUGAUCGAGAAUGAAUAUGGGAAUGUGAUGGGUCCAUAUGGAGAAGCAGGAAAGGCAUAUAUUGAUUGGUGUGCUAAUAUGGCUGAUUCUCUUCACAUUGGUGUCCCAUGGAUUAUGUGCCAACAAAGCGAUGCUCCACAGCCAAUGAUCGACACCUGCAAUGGUUGGUAUUGCGAUUCAUUUACACCCAAUAAUCCCAAUAGCCCAAAAAUGUGGACUGAGAAUUGGACUGGGUGGUAUAAGAAUUGGGGUGGCAAAGAUCCACUUAGAACUUCAGAAGAUCUUGCCUUUUCUGUUGCUAGAUUCUUCCAAACUGGAGGCACUUUCCAAAAUUACUACAUGUACCAUGGUGGGACUAAUUUUGGGAGAGCAGCUGGUGGUCCAUAUAUCACCACCACUUAUGAUUACAAUGCACCCCUUGAUGAAUAUGGAAAUUUGAAUCAACCAAAAUGGGGACAUUUGAAGCAGCUUCAUGACGUCUUGCAUUCCAUGGAAAAAACUCUCACUCAUGGCAACAUUUCCACAAUAGACUAUAACAACUCUGUCACUGCAACUAUUUAUGCAACUGAGAAAGGAUCAAGCUGCUUUUUGGCAAAUGCAAAUGCCACUUCAGAUGCCACAGUUGACUUCCAUGGAACUAAAUACAUAGUUCCUGCAUGGUCUGUUAGUAUCCUUCCUGAUUGCAAAAGUGUUGCUUACAAUACUGCCAAGGUGAAAACACAAACUACAGUGAUGAUAAAGAAAAAGAACCAAGCUGAGGAUGAACCAUCAUCUCUUAAAUGGUCGUGGAGGCCAGAGAACGUUGAUAACAAUGUACACCUGGGGAAGGGGCAUUUUCAAACUCGCCAACUUCUUGAUCAGAAAGCUGCAGCUAAUGAUGCUAGUGAUUAUCUCUGGUAUAUGACAAGUGUACACCUUAAGGAAAAUGAUCCAGUUUGGAGUAGCAAUAUGACCAUUCGAGUUAAUGGCAGUACUCUUCACAUUCUUCAUGCAUAUGUUAAUGGAGAAUAUAUUGGUUCCAAAUGGGCUAAAUAUGGGGUUUUCAACAAUAUCUUUGAAAGGAGUGUAAAGCUGAAACCAGGGCGAAAUUUGAUCAGUUUACUCAGUGUAACAGUUGGAUUACCGAAUUAUGGUGCCAUGUACGAUUUGAUAGAAACUGGUGUUGUGGGUCCAGUUGAAUUGGUUGGAUAUAAAGGUGACGAGAGAAUAGUUAAAAAUUUAUCUGCAUAUAAAUGGUCAUACAAGAUUGGUUUGGAUGGCUUGGACUAUCAACUUUACGGUAUGGAUUCAUCCCAUGCUUCCAAAUGGCAAGAACAUGAUCUUCCCACCAACAGGAUGAUGACUUGGUACAAGGCUACCUUCAAAGCUCCACUAGGGAAAGAUCCAGUUGUACUAGACUUGGAUGGUAUGGGGAAGGGUUUUGCUUGGGUAAAUGGUCAUAACAUUGGUAGAUAUUGGCCAACUUUUCUUGCUGAAGAGGAUGGCUGUAGCGUUGAGCCAUGUGAUUACAGAGGUCCAUAUGAUAGCAACAAAUGUGUCUUUAAUUGUGGGAAGCCAACCCAAAGAUGGUAUCAUGUUCCUCGUUCGUUUAUUGAAAACGAUACAAACACCAUAAUUUUAUUUGAAGAAUUUGGUGGCAACCCAGCAAGAGUGAAUUUCCAAACUAUUGGACUUGGAUCAGUGAGUGGAAGUGGCAUUGAAGGAGAUACAAUAGAAUUGUCAUGCCAAAAUCAACCAAUUUCAGCAAUUGAGUUUGCUAGUUUUGGUGAUGCUCAAGAGACACCAGGAUCCUUUGUCAAAGGAAAUUGUGAAGGAUCAAAAGAUGCAGUUUCAAUCAUUAGAAAGACUUCAUUAUGA